AUGGCCCUUAAAACUGAGAUACAGGUAAAGUUCUUGAAAUCAGAGAAAGCACAGAGUGAAGCCUCCCUUCAGCAGCUGCAGAACCUGGGCAGGACACCUUUGCUGUCACUGCCCUCUGAGCUGGUUGAACCUGGACAUCCAGAUGCAAUUUCAGUUGUGAUCACCAUCACGAUAAAACUAGCAAGAUUAAUUUAUCACCCAGCAGACAAAGCUCCCACAGAGGGUGACAAGCACCAAACGCACCAGUCGCACGUUCCACCCGGGCGAAGCAGGGCUACCGCCGCAUUUCCAGCGCGGCUGAGCUGUCCCUUUCACGCAGAGCCAGGGACCGCGGCGUGGGAGAGUCACGCCUGUGCCACCGGGGCUCGCUCACGGGCGCCCGCGGAAAUAGGGAACGACACGCUAAGGACCGACUGCCCGGCCCCGCGGCGGCGCCGGGCCCAGGCCUCGGGGGAGGCGGCCGGGGGAAUACCUGAGGCACAGCACCGGGGGAGGGGGAACUGUACCGUGCCCCCGGGCGCUGACGGGGCGCCCCCGCGCCGGACCCCGCCGCCCUCACAGCCCUCCCCGGGGGUCCGGCAGCGCCCGCCCCCGCCGCAGCGGGACGGUCCACCGCGCAGGGAAACCGCUGCCCUCGCCCCACAGCAGCUCAACGGGCAACCGACGAACCACGCGCCCGCUCCCGACGGCGCCCGGUUCGGCUCGGUUCGGCUCACCUCACCUCAGUGCCUGCCGCCGCUCCUCCACAGGCGGGCGGGCCGGUCGGCCUGGGGGGAAGGCAGCGCCGCCGCCUCGCCCCCUUCCUCCUCCCGCUCCCCCGGGUUCGGCUGCUCCCGGCACAGGCUGCGGCCCGACUGCGGCGCGAGCGGUCAGGUGACUCCCAACAACAUUACACCCCCCCGCCAACCCCCCCCCCCCUCCCCGCGCGCACACACCCCGCCCGCCGAUUGGACGCGGCGCACCCCGCCGACGCGCAGCCGCCCACACCGACGGCUCAGCGCGCAUGCGCGCUGCCACCUGCCCCCGUCGCCGCCCCCCCCCCGCCGGCAGGAGCUCCCCGCGGCAGCGCCGGGCCCCGCCGCCCGCCUCCGGCACCGCCGGCAGCCUGCCCCGCCCGCAGGGGGGGCUCGCGAAGGCGCGGUGGGCGCAGGGGCUGACUCGGGCGCUGGGCGGGCCCUUCGCCGCCGCUCUGAGGGGAGCGGGCUUCGCGGGCGGGAAGCCGUAGAUGCUCCGCAGCCCGGCUGUCAUCGCCUCCUCUGUCUUCUGAGGGGAGACCUGACGGGACGGGACGGGCUUCUUGUGUUUUACUAG